UUAAAUAGGAUUUAUAAACCACUCUUGAAUGUAAUAUAUGUCAGUGUGUUAGGUACGACGAAUAUUGAUCGAUCGUUGAACCUUUUUUCAAAGUAAAUUUGUUGCUUAACCAUUAAGUGGGAGACCUGGUGUUUGAGAACCGACUGUAAACAAGGAUAUUCAAAAGUGUACCCAGAGCAUCUAUUGCAAAGGAUAAUAAAAUAGCCUGGCAAAGUUUACACAAAACCAAAUAAGAAACCAAGUUAGAGAGGGAAAGUAUGGCUAGUGAAGAUAAGACAAGUCUAGAUGCCCACAACAGUAUGGCCUGUGAAGACAUCCCUUUGAGAGGUGCACACGAAGUACAAGAAUGUCUUGAAGGUCAAAGUGUGAAAGAUCUACCGCUAUACCUGGCAAACUGUGAGAAAAAUUCUGGCCAUAAAAAUUUUGUACCUGUUUGUCAAUUAAGUGUUGAACAUUUUCCUUCUGGUUAUCAAGACAAAAAACUGUAUGAUCUCACAAAGGCCCUGGCUGACCUAACAGUCAGGAUAUCCGUUAAGUUGACCAGUCCAGACAGACCAGAGUUUGUACCAGGCACUAAAGAUCCAUAUCCUUGCUACAACACCAGGGGACAGAACUCUCUGCAUACAGGGACAGGGACAGUAAGAAGUGUAAUCAAAUGCACAGAGGAAUUGGAAAACUACAGAACUUGUCCAUGUCCUGAAUGUAACUACUCGGACACACCCAGCAAAGUGUGGUGGAGGGUUAUUGUGGUGACAGCCACACAUGUGGUUUUUGAUUCAAGUGAGGCGAGACAGUCCAGCUGUAGGUUGUGGUUUGAUGAUGAUAAAAGUCCAGUGGUCAACAUUUACGGGUGGAAGGUGGGUUGUUCAAACAUUGGGGAUGAAGCGUGUGAGUUCUGUUGUGUGACACAUGACAUAGAGAUAGGUUAUAAACUGAACAGAAUGGUUUGGAGGUUUUUUAGUAUGUGUAAUAAAGUAUGUGUCAAAUACAGCAAUAGACGUGAUGUGGACAGGUUGACCAUUAUAGUUUCACAUCCUCAUGGAUGUUCUAAGCAGGUAUCAGUAGGUCAUUUAAUGACAAGUGGGUUGGAUCAUAACGUGAUAAAAUAUUACAUGAACACAUAUACAAACAGCACCUGUCCAGGUAGCAGUGGUGCUCUGGUCUAUAGGCCGGGAUGUUCUUACUUUAGCAGUGUGGAUUACUCUGAGGGAUUUAAUUACAGUGGGAUAUGGGGUGAUAUAGAGUAUUAG